CUUCUUCCUCUUCUUUCCUUCCAUGGUGCUACGUCUCUCCGGUUCGCCUAUGCCCCUUCCUCCUCCUCCAGAGCCGCCGCCGGUUACUUUUCUUCUAGAUCUAGCAUCCAUGAUCGCUCCUCCGGACCUUCCCGUCCUUCCCGACCACUCUGGUGCACCGGAUCUGUUCUCCUUCAUCCUCAAAAUUGCAGAGCCUCCUCCUGUUUCUGGUACGGCGACCUCUAGCUCAGCUUGUUUGUUGCUCGUGUCCUUAGGAGUGAACUUUGUGAUGCCUUGGCUCCCCCAUACUGCUGUCUGCAGGGUUCAGUUCUACUAUAUCCUCUGGAGAAAGUCUAGUUUCCCUCCUUUGCUCUUAGGAUUUGUUUUGAAAGAUACGGUCUUUGUGACCCCCUUGAUAGAGUCAGAAUUGGUUGGGUUCUGUUGCACUUCAAGUCUCACUGAACUAAAUUCAAGGUCCCAAUCUCCUCCAUUAUCUCAGUAUGAGGCUUUUAGGCUUUGGUUUAGCCUUCCCUUACCUCAGUGUGAGGUUCUGUUACCUCUGUAUGAGGUCCAUUUACCUCAGUAUGAGGUCGUAAAUCUACUCCUUUUGUGUUCAUUGCAAUAUAUCUGUAUGUUGGUUUUCUUAACUAAUAUUUCAGGAAUAAGCUACAGAAAAUUAGGAGAUGAUUUCAUAAAAACCAAUCUUGGCUUUUUAGCUUUUGAUUUGGUUGGCGGACUGUGGAGUUUCAUACAAUUUCACGCUCCUUCAAUGCUGAGGAUUUCCUCUCUAUAUUCAGGCUCAUCAAGAUGGUGCGUGGUCACCUCUGUAGCCAAAUUUGUUGCUGCCUUUCAUGCAUUUUAUGCUGCAGCUUGUUCGGACAGUAGUUCACUGUGUGUGUUUUCUGAUUCCCAUGGCUUCAUCUCACUUUCUAGCACUUUAGGUAUCUCUAUCUUAAGUUGCUUAUGUGUUAUGUAUGCGUCUAUCCAGUGUGUUUUUGUUUCCCGCAUAGCUUUUGAUGCAGCGGUUUAUCUAACCAGUAUGGUUGCUUUGCUGUACUUGAACAAUUCCUUCAUGGUUGGAGUUUAAGUUUUAUUUAUAAAAGUUGGUUUGAU